GUUUCAUUGGGUGUGCUGCUCUUCUCGAUCUAUCCAUGUACAGUCACUUUGUUCCGUGCUCUCAUCGUUCAAACAUGAAGAAUUUAUUUCCUGCUUUGCUCGUGAUCGUCAAUAUCCUGCUAAACAAACAGGCGGCAUGCAUAAAGCUACGCUGCAAAGACAUCGUGGAUAAUUCCGCGCUUUCGCGGCUGAAGGAGUAUUUGUUCUGCGACUAUAAUCCUAAGGAUCGCGUGCUCGCGAAAAACAACGCCAUCGUUGUUAAUUUCGGGUUAAAUCUACACCAGUUCCAAGUUGAUGAGUUGACGAACACCGUUGAAUUCAGCGUUUGGGUACAAAUGGUUUGGACGGAGCCUCAUUUCACUUGGGACAAGUCGCAGUUUGACUCUAUCACCUCUCUUCGAGUGAAAAGCUAUCAGAUCUGGGUUCCGGAUAUCGUGAUGCAUAGCACGUGA